AUGUCUCUUUUCUCUGCUUACAUUAUGACAGGAUACAGGGAUGAUAUUAAGCACACUCUUCCCUCUUCUAUGCUAUGUCUCUUUUUCUCUGCUUACAUUAUGACAGGAUACAGGGAUGAUAUUAAGCACACUCUUUCCCUCUUCUAUGCUAUGAUGUCUCUUUUCUCUGCUUACAUUAUGACAGGAUACAGGGAUGAUAUUAAGCACACUCUUCCCUCUUCUAUGCUAUGUCUCUUUUUCUCUGCUUACAUUAUGACAGGAUACAGGGAUGAUAUUAAGCACCUCUUCCCUCUUCUAUGCUAUGAUACAGGGAUGUCUCUUUUUUCUCUAUGUCUCUUUUUCUCUGCUUACAUUAUGACAGGAUACAGGGAUGAUAUUAAGCACACUCUUCCCUCUUCUAUGCUAUGUCUCUUUUUCUCUGCUUACAUUAUGACAGGAUACAGGGAUGAUAUUAAGCACACUCUUCCCUCUUCUAUGCUAUGUCUCUUUUUCUCUGCUUACAUUAUGACAGGAUACAGGGAUGAUAUUAAGCACACUCUUCCCUCUUCUAUGCUAUGUCUCUUUUUCUCUGCUUACAUUAUGACAGGAUACAGGGAUGAUAUUAAGCACACUCUUCCCCUCUUCUAUGCUAUGUCUCUUUUUCUCUGCUUACAUUAUGACAGGAUACAGGGAUGA